CUUGGUUGAUCAGUGAACAGGCAAUAGCGAGGCACAUGUCGAGGAGAGACACAUCAUAUGACACGUGCGAUGCUGGCCGAGUAUUGCGUAUACCCCACAGCCGACAAAUGCACCCGCCACGAAACUAUGCCCAACCUGGUGGCCAUUGGAGGAGGGUCACCGAGCACACAUUGUAGAAAUGAUUGUAUUCGGCCAUAUAUGUGAGGCUGGUGGGCGUGCCACAUCACACCACUAAGCAGCCGUGACGCCACGACGCUUCCAAGUCAUCUUCCCAUCGAUCAACCGCCUCUUCCGCCCUGCGUCCAUUCGUCCAUCACCACACCACAUAGACCGGCAGCAAGCCAACGCUUCUCGCAUCAUACACCCCCACCACCAGCACCCUGCUGCUGGCCCGACGAGCCCUGCUGAGAGUGAGCGUCGACAGCCUCGCUUGAGCCCCACCUGUGCACCUGCACGCCAUGCCAUCCAUCCAUCCAUCCAUCCAUCCAUAUAGAGAGAGAGAGGAGAGGAGUAGAAGACACACAAUAUUCGUCUCUCCUGACCGUUGCAGCCACGUCAGAGACACCUGAAGAAGACGCGUGACAAAUACAGUAUACAUACAUGGGGGCCGCUUUGUCGACUACGCUGAUGUGCGUACUUUCUGACACGAUCGAGGAGACCGCACUUGCGCCUGGCAGACAGACACACAGACACACAGACACACAGACACACAGAACGAACGCUCAGAGUGCACCCACCAAUCAACACGAAAGAGUACAGUAGGUGCAUGAUGCCACACCAUACCAGAUAAGGCGAGCUGGGACAUCCUGCGGCCUGCUGUCCGAAUCGCCACGUCGGGAUUCUGCACCUCAUGAGACAGCUGCAGCCAGCCACCAAGCCAGUGAGUGCAGUGCACCCAACAAAACAAUCCCAAACCGACACACUGCAGUGGAGGCUCCAGCCACGACUCCGGCACCCACACACUCACCGUAUCAAUGGUGUUCAUGACAGACGCCGUCACGAGUGUCAGGCCAGUCGGGCGCCGCUCAAUGCGCUGCACGGUGAGGGGUCUCCUCUCGCCCUUCCUGCCGGGCCACACAAUGGUGCGGGCGGCCACCCUCUCGGCCGCUGGGGGGUCGCAGAAGACCACGCAGAAGCCAUUCUUGACCUGCUGGGAGGCCACGCGCUGCACACGAAUCACAGGGGCCACCCAGCAGAGCUGCAUGACAGCCACACAAAGACAGACAGACAGACAGACAGACAGACAGAGAGAGGGAUGGAGGGAGUGGCAACACGCGCAGAGUCCUUACCAGGUUGAAGACGGCGGUUUCAUCGACGCUUGAAGGGAAGUCGGAUAUCACGAGGGUGGAGUUGACGUCAAAACCUGCAGGCUGCAAUACAUACGUACAGAAAGGGAAGGAGGCCAAGGACAGGCGCUGCCUGCUCGGCAACUAGCUGCUCGAGCUCUCCCGUGACCUACUCACCUCUUUGAAGGCCUUCAU